AUGGGCUUACGACGUCACUUAUGGGUAAAAAGGACAACGUCAAGACAAGUGUUUAUGCCUAUUGCACCUUACUCGGUGAAGCCCGCUUUCAAGCUUAAAGUUUUCAGUUGGUUCAAUGAUGUUAAGUAUCCUCAAGGAUAUGCAGGAAAUAUAGCUCGAUGUGUUAAGGUGACGGAACAGAAGAUACAUGGAUUGAAGAGUCAUGACUGUCAUGUUUUAUUGCAACGUCUUCUUCUCGUGGUAAUCAGACCAUAUCUGCAUCGUGAUGUGGUGGAGCCGUUAGUAGCCUUGUCUAGGUUUUGGCAGAGAUUAUGCAUUAGAGAGCUGAAGAAGUCAGAUGUUGUUGAAAUGAAAUCAGACAUUGUAUAUAUCCUAUGUAAAUUGGAGAAGAUCUUUCCCCCGACUUUCUUUUCGAUCAUGGUUCACCUCAUGAUCCAUCUUCCCAAACAAGUGCUUCUUACUGGUCCAGUACACUUUACUUGGAUGUUUCCCAUAGAAAGACAACUUGGUGGGUAUAAAGGUUUUGUUAAAAACAGAGCAAAGCCGGAAGGAUCAAUAGCUAACGCAUACAUUGCACAUGAGUGUGUAACGUAUUGCAAGUCAUAUCUCCAUAAUACAGACGGCACAGAAGGCCUCGACCCAGCAAGAACACCUAUAUUCAACCUCUCAAUUGUCUCUGAAGAUAUAAGAAUGUUUGGUAACUUACCUAAUUCUGAAGUUUUAAGAGAAGAUGAGUUAUGUGAGGCUCAUUGGUGGGUACUGCAACACUGUGACGAAGUCAAGGAAUAUAGAGAUGCUCAUUUGAGACUUAUUCAACUGAAGUAUCAGAAUAGGCAUGAAGAGAGGCAUAAGAAAACAUUUCCUGUCUAUUUCCUAAAAUGGGUGACGAGGAUGCAAGAACAUCAAGAGAAGGAUUACUCUCCGCAGUUGCAUCAUUUGGCGUGUAUGCCACAAGGACAUAAUGUUUAUACGGCUUGUGUAGUCAACGGUGUUAAGUUCCUUACAGAACGACCAGAUCAACGUCGGAAGACACAGAACAGUGGCAUCAUGGUAGUGGGUAAGGAUAAUGUUGCAUACUAUGGAAUUGUUGUUGCCGUCAUCGAACUACUAUAUCUAGCAGGUAUGCUAGUUGUGUUGUUCAAGUGUAGAUGGUUCAAUACUGACCCAGAUUUUUCGAGGAGUACGAAGAUGGAUCACCGGCUAUUAUCAGUGAAUACAUCCACAAGCUGGUAUGAGCAUGCCCCGUUUGUGCUUGCCAUUCAAGCAAAACAAGUGUUUUAUCUUGAUGAUCCGAAAGCUGGUGGGGGUUGGAAAGUAGUUAACUUGAUGGAGCAUAGAAGUAUCUUUAACACAACCACACUUCAAGGGGGCCGGGUAGAACAAAACAUUGAGAAUGUGGCUCUUGAACCAUAUCAAGAGCCUUUAACUGCUGACAUCCCCGACACAAGCAUUAUUCACAUCAACAACGACAUCCACUUCCCACAAGGAGAGUACAUUCCAAUUUCAGGUUUAGGGUUCGAUUUUGGUUCACUGCCGUACAUCCCAUCUAGUGACGACUUCAUUAACGAUGAAGAUGAAGAUUCAGAUGAAAUUCCUAAGGAUGAUCUAGAAGAUCCGGAUUACGAGGAUAGCGAUUGA